CUCGGCCCGGUGGCCCGCGACCCUGCGCCUGGCGGGGGCGGGGCGGGAGGUGGCGCUCUCUCUCUUACACACGCACGCACACACACACGCACACACACUCAUACUCGCACGCACGCACACCCCGAGCAUCCUCCCGUCAGGUCUCCGGGUCCAGCCCCGCCCGCCCGCGCCUCCUGCUUCCCGCAAACCUUCUUCCCCCACCCGGCAUCCCUACCCCACACACCCGCGCUUGGCAGCCCCUCGGGCUCCGGGACCCUCCCACCCCACUCCAGGAUGGAGCGACUCCAGCCAGCCCGGAGCCCCCCGCGGCCGGGGUGACGGUUCCCCGCCCCUCUCUCGCCGCCGGCCCCCCACCCCCGCCCCGCGCCUCGAGCACCAUGGGCCUGAGGGGAUCUCGGGGCGCUGGACGCUGACGAUGACCAAUGCUGGAGCUCUCUUGAGUCAUGGCUUCUUCAAAGUUCCGAGAACCCACAGAUGAGGUUUUUGACCUGGACUUGGCUGUGCCAGAGACCGCCAGACUGGACAGCAGUUUACACAAGGCCCGGGCCCAGCUGCUGGCCAAAGGCAGAAGACAUCGUCCUUCCCGCUCCAGGCUACGGGAUAGUGCCAGCUCUGCAGAGGACGGUGAAGGCUCUGAUGGGCCUGGAGGCAAGGUGACCGACGGCUGCGGCAGCCCCCUGCACCGGCUGCGAUCUCCUCUGCACUCAGGCCCGGGCUCCCCCGCCGGCAGCUCUUUCUGCCUCGAGCCUCCCGGGUUGCGGCGCAGCCUGGAUGAGGACGAGCCGCCGCCCUCGCCGCUCACUCGCUACCGACCCCUGCACAACGCCGCCUCGCAUGAAGGCCUGGCCGCCGCCUCGGGCUCGCCGCCGCGCUCAGGCCCUUCCUCGGACAGCUCGCCCAGCUUCGUGCGCCGCCACCCGCGCGCAGAGCCGCACAGCGAAGUAGAGGCAGGAAAGCCACCGUUUCCUUCUUCCCUGCCUCCCUCGAAAGAUGACAGCCGGGAUGCCAGCCCCCCCGAGCCUGCCAGCCCCACCAUUGGCCUGGAUAAGAAGACUCGCCGAAAGUUUCUGGAUCUGGGGGUCACCCUUCGCAGAGCAUCCACUGGCAAGAGCCGGAAGGAGAAGGGUGGCAACCGCUUAUCCAUGGGCAGCAGGGAGUCUGUGGAAGGAUCUGGCAGGACAGGAGGCUCCCCGUUCCUGCCCUUUUCCUGGUUCACAGACAGUGGUAAGGGAUCCGCUUCCUCCGGCAGCACCACCUCUCCCAUCUGCUCCCCCAAACACGAGAGCUUCAGCCCCAAGAAGUCAGCUUCCCAGGAAUCCACCCUGAGUGAUGAUUCCACACCCCCCAGCAGCAGCCCCAAGAUCCCCAGCGGAACUCGGCAGGAGGCCAAAUGCUCCUAUCCGUACCACACGCUGUCUCAGUCUUCGGAUGAGUUCCUAGACGAGCCCCUCCCCACCGUGCAGCACUGGACCAGCCAGCAGGUGGGCCAGUGGCUGCAGAGCCUCAACCUGGAGCAGUAUGCUGCCGAGUUUGCCGCCCGCCAGGUGGAUGGGCCACAGCUCUUGCAGCUGGAUGGUAGCAAACUGAAGAGCCUGGGGCUCAGCAGCUCGCAUGACCGGGCGCUGGUGAAGCGGAAGUUGAAGGAGCUGGCGGCGGCGGCCGAGAAGGAGCGCAAAGCCCAGGAGAAGGCUGCGCGGCAGCGCGAGAAGCUGCGGCGCCGCGAGCACGAGGCCAAGAAGAGCUAGGGGCGCUGGCACCCGGGCGCGCGCGCCGCGGGCCAAACCAGGGAAGCGGGGCCUGGACGCCAGGCUGUCCAGGCACACUCCCUCCCCUCCGAUGCCUGGACCAAGUCCCCGGGAGGGAGGCUCCAGAGAGAAGGCCCGGUGACAAACCCGAUUUCGAGGACUUAUUUGGCACAGACUUACAGGGGAGGCAGAAGAGGGAACCAACCGGGCAGAGGCCAGGGAUGGCAGCAUGUCUGGGAGCCCGGAUGAGGGCGAACCUCUGCCCUCGGGCCAGGGUGGUGCUGGGUAGGAGGUGAGGUAGUAAGAGAGGACCGGCCAUGGUAGGGCUCCCAGGCCCGAAGCGCAGUUUGGGCUUCUCUGCAGGGGAAGGAGGCGGCCAGAGCUCUGUCCCCCACGGCUCUGCGUGGCUGCGGGGGGCGGGGGGUGAGCAGUUCUCCUCGGGAAGUUCAGUAGCCAAGUCACACUCAGGGUAGAGCCCCAGCCAACUCCUCAAAGGAGAGCACGCGGCGCCGUGUGGGAUAAGCCGGCCCCUCUCUUUCACCUGCCCUGCAGGUCAGUAAGUUGGUAGGCAUGGCACAGGUCUGCCCCUCACCCGCUAGUGCCACUAUUCCCUCAGAGAGCAAUCGAGCCUUCGUGGGGAGGGGGGGGAGGUGAACGAACAAUGUACCGGGGAAAGCAAGCACCAACCCCGAAACGCCUAGGUGGUGUCGAACUGGUCACCUGGGCCACGCAGAGGCACACUCCAGGUCUGGCCUGGAAAGCGCUGGGUCAGAAAAGUCCACCAGCUUUCCACAUGCAGGACCUCAGCGGAUGCGCAGAUGGCAGGCAGUGCCGGCUUGGGUUUUCCUGGCUACAGGGGAGGGGGGCUGGGUCAGGGCUGGGUGGGCAUAGGAAUGGGACCCACCAUCAGUCAGGGGCUGGCAUUUGACUUUCACAGGACAUGGCUACAGAUGGAGGGAUCAGGCGCCAUGCUGGUCCCCGCUGGGACACCACUCAGUUACCCAUGGAUUCACCAGGCAUCUGAUGAGGAACCCCACUCGUCCCAGCUGUCCGAGGGGGUGGGCAGUACCUGCAUGCUGACUCCCUCUCCUGAUCGGGCUGUGGCUGAGGGCCGGGGGUCUAUGCCUGGACUCAGUCAUCUGUGUUGGGACAGGGGCAUUCAAGGGAAACUGGGGCACUGGCACCAUCUGGGCCAGGUGGGGACAGAGGGGGUCCUCGUGUCCUAGAGGCCUUCAGGAGCUGAGUGGGCACCCACCUGCAUGUGAAGGGGGAGGCGGUUCUCAACUUCUCUUCAAUAAACACUUACCAUGUA